CCAACAAGUUUGGAGAGAAUGUUGAGUUUAAUCAAUUCAGAACGUCGAGAUGGAGGCCGACUCACUCAAGUGGGUAGGCUCGUCUUGUGGUUUGCACGGACCGUACAUUUUCUACAAGGCUUUUAAAUUUGAUCGGGACGGGAAAACACGGAUCUUGUCCCUGGGUGACUUCUUCCUGGUCAGAUGCACCCCGGAGGACCCGAUUUGCGUCGCGGAGCUACAGCUACUGUGGGAAGAGCGGACCACCAAGCAACUCCUGUCCAGCUCCAAACUUUACUUCCUUCCCGAGGACACCCCUGCGGGACGGACAGUCAACCACGGAGAGGACGAGGUCGUCGGGGUGACGGAGAAGGUCAUCGUGCGGCUGGGCGACCUGGUGAAGUGGACGGCAGGUGACCAAUCAGCAUGGGCGCGCGGCCGCCGAGCGUUGCCCUCGGUGACGGCGGUGCCCAAGACGGCCGUGCUGAGGGAGUUGGGCACCAACGGGCACAGAGAGCCUCGCCAGGGUGCCGGCGGGCACAGACCCACACACACACACACACACACACACACACACACGAGCUCACGCUUCAGGAUCAGCUUCAGGGAUGUUCUGAGGGAGAAAGCCCAGAUAGGUGAGGAUGCGGAGGAGCGGGCGAGGGUUCUGGUGCUGAGCUACCCGCAGUACUGUCGUUACCGCGGCGUUCUCGCGCGACUCCGGGGCGCCGCUGAGGUUGCCGUGGUGACGGAGCGCGUGGUGCGGGCGCUGGGCGGCAUCAGUCAUCUCCAUGGAGACGUGCGCGUGCUGUACUGCCGCGAGACCUUCCAGCACCCCACGCUCACACACAACCAGAGCGUCUGUGAGCACUUUGCCCCCAACCUGAAGGGCCGCCCCCGGAAGAGGAAGCUCUCUCAGCGCCGCGAGGACCAGAACCAGAACCAGAACCCAAACCAGCGCCCGCAGAACGUUCCACACACCCGCCACCCGGCCAGAACCCCCCCAGAACCCAGGCCCCCUCCCAAGGUGAGGACAGAGUGCAGGGUGAUGGUGAGGAAGGUGAGGAAUGGAGGGAUGAGUAAGGGGCUACCCCCGGAGGAGAAGGAGGAGAGAAGGAGGGAGCGACAGAGUGACCAGCAGGAGGAGAGGGAGGAGAGAAGGAGGGAGUGCCGGAGUGACCAGCAGGUGGACGGGGCUGGACGGAACGUUCAGAGGGCAGAACAGGUGUUCCUCUCAGCACUGCACAGGUACAUGAAGAAGAGACACACACCCAUCGAGAGGAUCCCCUACUUGGGCUUUAAACAGAUUAACCUGUGGACCAUGUUUGAGACGGCGCAGAAGCUUGGAGGCUAUGAACAGAUCACAGCUCAUAGGCAGUGGAAGCAGGUGUAUGAUGAGCUCGGGGGGCAUCCAGGGAGCACCAGUGCUGCCACCUGCACCCGCAGACACUACGAGAGGUUGCUGCUCCCAUAUGAGAGGUACUCACAGGCACAGGAGGAGGGGUCUGGUGUAGAGCUCCGCCCCAUCAAGGCGGAGCCUGUGGCCAUUACAGGAAGUAAAGAUAAAGGCUCCUCCCCAACGUCUGGCCAUCCCAAUGCUGAAGUUGCCCUGAAGCAGGAGCCUCAGAGCGACACCCAACCACAGAGCUCUGCGGGAUCAGAUGACAGUGAAGGUGUACAAUAUUCGGUGCUCCUGAAAGAUGUGAGCAUAAACAUCAACACAAAGGCAGAGGAGGAGGAAGAGGAGGAGGAGGAAGAGGAACUCCAGGUUACCAUGAAACAAGAGGAAACGCUCUCCGCUCAAUUAAAUCACCAUGACAACCACCAACCAGCCAAUCACAUCCUCACGGACCUCUCUCUCCAGACCAACCGAAAGCGUCCGUCACCUUCGCUCGCAGACCCAUCAGGAAGACCCUGUCGCCAGGACGAAGAUCCCUCCGGAGGCAGCCUCUCCAAGGGGGACGCGCCGUCACCCGAGGCCCACCGGCAGGCCUCCUCUCCUGGGCACCGCUCUCUGCUGCCCCUGGGGGUCCCGGAGCCCCGUGUGGCCGGCCGGAUCCCUGAGGGGGAGUCGGAGCCGGUGGGCCCUGUGAAGGUGGCGGAGGCUGAAGGCUCCCCACUUGGAGUUCUGGAGGGGUCCCCCCCACUUGGAGCUCUGCAGGGGUCCCCCCCAAACGCCCACAGCGCCCCUUACUUCAGCGGCCCCCACAGCGGCAUGUCCCCCCUGGCCAAGAAGAAGCUGCUGUCCCAGGUGUGCGCGGGUGGGGGGGGUUUGCCCCAGAACUACCCCACAGCACCCCCUGCAGGUGGGGGAGGUGUGCUGUCCCAGGUGUGUGCAGGUGGGACUACCCCCCAGAACUACCCCACAGCGCCACCUACUGCUGCUCGCUCAGACGUGGCGUGGGCGACGGGGGGCAGCUGUAGCGGGGGGGUCGUGUCCUGCUCGCUUGACCCCGUCAGUCAACAGGGGGCGCCACCACCGGCUCACCCCCCCAGCCCAGACGCUGCCCCCCCCGCCUCACGGCCCCCCCCCAGCCCAGACGCUGCCCCCCCCGCCUCACGGCCCUCCGUCAUCCAGCACGCCCAGAGCCUCCGGCCACCAGCCCCCGAGUGGAGCUCCGUCUCCGAGCAGGCCGUGCGCGGGCCCGAGGCCCCGGAACGCGUGAAGAGGACCUGGGAGGAGACUAUGGCCCCGCACGGCUGCGGAUACGGGACCCAGGUGUUCUACUCGUCCCCUCACCUGCACAGCCUCUUCCGCCACACCGGGCACCGGCUCGGCCAUCAGCCCCAGCGGCCGCAGCAGCACCUGGGAGCGCACGCGCACGCGCAGGUACAGGUGUGUGCGUCCAGGGUCGCCGGGGUCACGCGGAACAUUCCAGACGUGGUCAUCGACGAGAGGUACUCAACCCCGCCCCCACCAGCGCUCCUCGGGCGCCACAAACCGGGCGACCUCGCAAGCCCUCGCAAGAUGCCGCCGCCGCCGCCCGCCAAGGGCCCUUUUGAAGGUCGUACCUGUCCCACGAUGCACGGGGACUGCAGAGUGCCCGCUCCCACACAGCUGGGCCUAGAUGCCCAUGAUGGCAUAGCCUGCAACCGGUUCCCUGUGCCCGCCAGAGAUGCCAGUCUGGCGUAUAAGGUGUCUGUGCCCGCCCGAGAUGCCAGUCUGGCGUAUAAGGCGGGCGUGCCCGUGGGCGUCAGUGGCGCGGGAGGACUGAAGCAGCCCGGCGGUCUCUGGCGGACAUCAGAGGCUGUGCGAGCAGUCCAGCGCCGCCUAGAGGACCCCGAGGGCAGUGCGCCUCCUGCCAAGACUCGAGCGCUGUCCCCGUCCCCGCGCCACCCUGCGCGGGAGUGCUCUGGCGAGGGGGCGGAGCCUCCGGAGCCGGCGCGAGCCGUGCACCUGAACAGCUGCUCCUCCUCCUCGCCAGGGCGCCGCUACCCGCAACACGCCCGCCACCUGGGCGGCCUGUGCCCCGCGGGCACCUUUGGGGCGCAGGAGGCCUGCGAGGGGCCCCGGGCGCUGGGGUACCCCCCCUACCCCCCCCCGCACCACCGGCUGGCCUUCCUGAAGAACCGAGGGGGCACUGUGUCUGCGUCUGGGGUGGCACCGCCACUUGUGCUGCACGCCCUGAUGAUGCAGGGGCAGCUGGUGAGGUCGCCCGCGCAGACCCUCGCCCGCCAGGCGCCCUCUGCCCACGCAGCCGUGCCCCCUGGCAUGUACCCGCUGUGCCCGCCUAACCCACCUCACACAUACCCCGCACUCCAGCUGCCCGCUGUUCAGCCCAACACAACACUCUGA